AUGCGCUUCUUUACAACCCUCCCUUUCAUGGCCACGGCAGUGCUCGGCCUCGCCACCGGCCUCGUUGACCGUGCCGACCUUCCCGAUGGCGGAUACGUCUUCAACCACUACGACAACGGCACCGUCACGGCUCUCCCGCUGGACACGCCCGGCGCCGAGGAGAUCCUCAUCAAGCCUAUUGUGCCCAAGGCGGAGCCCGAGGCCGAGCAUGGUAUCCAAAAGCGCUGGGUCACUUGCAGCCCCGGCAACACUCUCGAUCCCGCCGGCGUCGACGAGGGAGUGAGACAGCUCCAAUCUUUCCACGCUACCAACAGCAAGAACUGGGCUGGACCAGGCGGUCGCUAUCUUUCGUCUGGCGAUCGAAAUGCAGUCAUACGGUUCAUAUCACGUGGCAUGAUGGUUUACUAUUGCAUUGAUACCAAGUGGUGGACUGGAAAUCUCGAUAUUGCAGAUAUCGAUUACGCUCUGCGCAACAUGGACUCGGUGUGUCGCCGCUAUACUGCUUCACACUUCCAGUGGGACUCUCCCGAGAUUGUCGGAAAAGCAGACGUGAACCUGGCCGUCUGCUGUGGAGGAGGAAACUGCUAA